AUGUCGAAAUUCUUGAGAAGAGUCGGGACAAAAAAGCAGGUCUUUUCCUACGACAUCACUGUGCAUUACCUAGAAAUGGCUUUAACACUGCCCGUCCGCAUCAAUGUAGUAUGAAAGAGACGUAAUUUUAAAUCUAGGCAAAAAAAGAAUUGAGACAAGAAACAAAAAUGCACUUUCGCCUUCGGUCGGAAGGGUAGAAAUAAAUGAAACGCUAACGAUGAUCAACACUCUGUAUCAAGAAAAAUCAGGACAGUUCAUGAAAAAGAAAGCUGCCCUUAGUUUUCAAGCAAUUGUUGAGGGGAAAGGGAUGAAAAAAGUUGGGAACUUGGAGCUCAAUAUUGCUGAUUAUCAUGUCAAUCCACUUAAUGAGCAAGUUUUCUCAGUUGCAGGCUGUCCUGAUAAGAACUCGAGGGUUUGUAUAUCGGUUAGAGCUCAGCCAUUGGGUGAAGCUGUUCUAGCAGACAACAUGAGUGAAGCCUCAGGGGUGUCUGGAAUCAGCAUGGGGACUGAAGGGGACUAUAAUGGGCAGCUGUUCAAUGAGCAAGACUUAACUGGCUUUGAAGAAGAAACCCACCAGCAAAGAGUUGUCCCAGGUGUAAACGGGAAACCACCGAUGCUCAAGCCAAUACUUCGCCUUCCAGAGUCCGGCCCUAUGAACCCAAUGAGGAUCGCUGAAGCAAUGGAAAACCAACGCAUCAAGCUUGAAGAAGACUCAUCCAGUUCCAAACUUUCAGACUUUAGAGCCCAGAUUUCUCUUCUUGAGCGCGAGAACCAGCAAUUGAAGACCGACAAAGAAGAGCUAAAAGUAGAGCUCGGCAUUCAGUAUGAAAAAUUCAAAAAAGAACGCGAAAACCUAUUAGAGCAUAUAAAAAAAGUAGACACUGAACGCGAAGAUUUCAGAAAAAGAGAGGAAAAAAUUAAAAUCAAGCUUACAAAAGCUGAAGACAAGCUCUUAAAAAUGAAAUCCAUCAAUGAAAAUCUAUUACAGGACCUAAAAGACGCAGAACUCAAUUCUAGUCAAAAUUCUGGAGACACAGAAAGACUGAGAAAUGAAGCACAAAAAUUAAAAGAAAAUGUCGGGUUUCUGCAAGAAAAAGUGAAGGGCUUGGAAAGCCAGAUAGAAGAAAUGAACAGAGAAAACGCGAAUUUAAAGAACAGCUUGAGUUAUUCGCAAGAACAAAAUAAUCAGCUGAAAACAACGAUAGAUAGGAUGAGGCAGGAGUUUUCUGACUCUAGAGAGCAGUUAGUAGGGAACGCUCCAGAAGACAGCUCGUUUGCUGCUUAUAAAAAGAAGACCGAUCUAAUGAUAAAUAAUUACAAACGAGAAAUCGCCUUGCAUGAGCAAGAAAAAGAAGAAGCCCUUUCAAGGCAGACUGAACUCAUGCUUGAGCUCCAAAAAGCAAAAUCUGAUGUUUCCAUGAUUGAAGAUAAGUACAAAUACAGGCUGAAAGAGCUGGAAACUGAGAAUAAUGAGAUUAAAGAAGAAAAUAAUAAUCUAAAUCAAAGACUGGACGAGGAAUCCCAGUCUAAGAGGCUUUUAGAAAGGCAAACCAUGACAGCCAAAGGAGACGUCGAGUCCAAGCUUAUAAGACUUAACAAGCAAUAUCAAGAGCUGAAAGCACAAAAAGAGCAGCUCGAAGUGCAGCUAGCAGAAUCUGAAAGGACUCAUAAGCAGUCACAAAUGGACACUGACUCCUACAACGUUCAAAAACUCCAGGAAAAAAUUUCUUCCCAAGAAAAGUCCUUAAAUCGGCUUAAGCAAGAGCUCAAAGAAAAAGAUCUUGAAUUAGAAGAUAUUUACUCCCACAAAGAAACAUUAGAAAAAGACAAUUUCACCCUUAGAGAACAGCUUAAACUGGCAACAACAACUGAAUUCUCUGACCCAGCCAACCUCAUUCUUCAAGACCAAAUACACGAUUUAGAGCAAAAACUUCUGGCUUCUGAGUCAGCCCACAAAGAAGACAAAAUUUCAUCCUCAAGGCAAAUAAGUAUGCUUGAAAAGCAGCUGGAAAUUCUCGAAAACAAAAAGAGGGAUAUCACUGCUGAAUACGAAGAAAAGCUAAGCAAACUUGCCAUAGAAAACCAAAUGUUACGACAGAAUUCUAGUGAAAAUAAAAGAAGCCAGCCAGAAGUAAAGUCAACCAGCCAGUUAGCAGCCUCUGUCCAAGAAGAAAAUUUAAAGCAAGAGCUGAGGAUUUUGGAGCUGGAAGUGGCCGAGUCCAAGUCCAAAAGCGAGCAGCUUCAAGCAGAUUUCAAGCAGAUGGAGAAGAAAUACGUAGAUGCCAAAAUGGGCUGGGCUAAUUCUGACUUAGAGAAGGAAAGCCUAAUUCAGAAAUAUAGAGACGCCCAAGAGCAGCUGAGGGAUUAUUCUUCCCAAUUCACCAUGAUGGAAGUUGAGCUUUACAAAAUCAAUGAAAGGUUUGGACAAACGCUGAAUAAUAAUAACGAGCUUGAAAUGGAAAUCCAAGCCCUAAGGCAACAAAUGGAAGAAGGCGACAAAUCCAAAAAGAAGAAGCAUUAA